UUCCUCGAUUUGGCAUUUUUAAAUAUUUGCCGUCUUCAACAGAAACGGCAAGAAUCGAGGCGAGUACGGCGCUGGGCGGUUCAUCCAGUAAAUAGGGAUCGGAAAUUGAAUGGAUACUUCAGGAAAGUGUUCUUGAAAUGCAAAUCCCACGACAGCAAGAUUUUUCUUUUAACCAGGAUGAACCGCCCGGUGUACGAUUUAUUGCAAACGUUGCUAAAUCCGUUUCUGGAAAGACCCAAGAAACAAAUCUCUCCAGAAGAGCGCCUUGCGAUAACACUGAUGUACCUCGCACAUGGAACGUCGUUCGAAAUCAUCGCUUCAAUGCACAAGAUGGGAAAAACCACUGUUCGGAAUAUUGUGUUAGAGAUCUGCGAGAUUAUAUGGACCACUUUGUCUCCAGUAUAUCUCAGCGAACCCACUUUGGCGCAAUAUAAAGACAUUGCGGACGACUUUUCCAGAAUGUGGAAUAUGCCAAAUUGUGUAGGAGCCAUUGACGGGAAACACAUAGCCAUCACUUGUCCGAAGAAUUCUGGCUCGCUCUAG